UAUACAGCUUGGGAGCAAGAAAUUUUCAAUUACAUCCAUUGAUUCAUAGAGGAGGAAACCUUUUCUUAAGCAAUGGAGAUAGGAAAAAUGUUAUUUCUAACAUAUAUAGUGACCAACUAAAAUCUAUGGUGAAUGAUCUUAAAAAUGAAUUAACUGGUGCAAAUAUUCUUCUUUUUGACUCUACUAAGACCAUAACAGAUAUCAUUUCUGACUCUUAUACAUCAGGUAUUAAUAGUAGAAGGGAACUAAUUUCAAGUAAAGUUUCAUACAAAGAUAAGAAUAGCAAUUAUCCGGCAUCAAGAAAAAGAAAUAGAAAUAAUUUGAAAGGUAUAUUUAUCAUGGGAAGCUCUGUUGUUGAUUAUGGAAACAACAAUCUUGUUCCUGCUGGUGACUCAAACAAAGCUAAUUACUUGCCAUAUGGAGUUGAUUAUCGAUUUGGGCCCACAGGCAGAUUUAGCAAUGGCAACAAUCUAGCUGAUCAGAUCACUGCCCACCUCAAACUUCCAACUGUCCCAUCUUUUCUUGAUCAUCAAACCAAGAAUUUUUCCAUUCUUUAUGGUGUCAAUUUGGCUUCCGGUGGCUCGGGCAUCCUCAACGAAACGGGCACGACUUUGAUAAAUUAUCUAUAGUUCUAUCCCUACAUGUUUCAUUAACAGCGCCGGAUCUUGAACAUUUUUAUUAGUGUUUAGACUAGAGGUUAGGAUUAUUAUCUAAGAAAGAAUACGAUGCAUUGGGAUAGAUUGGAUUGGCCCAAGUAGACUUGGUUGUACUUAUAACACAUACCUUAAAAGUUGUCUGGCCAAGACCCCCAAGUCGAGUCUGCUCUCUUGGCCGGGGACUUUAGAAAAGGCCGGCUUGUAUGUUCAACUUUUGC